AUGCCACAAUUGGUUUCAAAAAAUAUGAGAUACUCUGAAUUAAAUGAAAAGUCUACCAUCGGUCGUUCGUGGCGCUUUUACACUAUUGCACUUAUUAUUAGCGGGGUUUUGAUUCUAUUGGCACCCAAACUUAUAUGGAAGAAUCCUACUGUUCAACUUAUUGCAUGGAAAAAUCGUCUCGUUGGUUACAGUGAACAUAAAGCUGCAUUCAUUGAUUCUUCUGGUUAUUUGCGAUCGAUUUUAUCGCCCAACCUUCGAUGGUGUACUGCUAAUCCAUUUCUAAAACCCUAUAAUCAAAGUGUAGUACUUGCUUUAGAACUUAAAUGGGUUGCAUGGCAACGCAGUCAGCUACUCACUACAUACGAAAUUUUGAAAAACUAUGCACUUCAAAUCGGAGAUUGGGGUGGUGGCAUAGUUCAUCUUGCAUAUCCACCAUCAUUACCGUUGCCGUGUCCUUACAAAAAUAAUCUGACUCGUAUCGGUGGUAUUCAUGACGGUAAUAAGAUAAUAUGUGGAAUUGAAAUUUUCACCCCGCUUACUAAGUGUAUCGUAUAUAGUUUGGGUUCUUCUGGCGAUUUUAAUUUUGAAUGGGACUUGUUAAAAAAAACAUCCUGUGAAGUUCACACAUAUGAUUGCACGAGUCCACCGCCAGGAGGAAAGACUGAACGAAUGACUUAUCAUCAAAUUUGUUUAGGUGAUACGUCAAAGUUGCAAAAAUUUAUGUAUCCUUACAAUACUCAAAAAGAAAAUAUCAUAUUCAACAAUGAAUCACUUUUCAAACGUUUUGACACAAUAUUGACCGAAAAUAAACACGACGAAGUUCAUAUUCUUAAGAUGGAUAUCGAAGGAGGAGAAUAUUCGGUAUUCUCUGACUUGCUCUGCCAAACGAACAAAACUAAUCUACCAUAUCAAAUAUCUUUCGAGUCACAUUGGUGGAAUCGUGAUAUAUACCAUGCGAUACUGCAUCAGAAAAUGUUUUCUCAAUUCUGGACAGCUGGUUAUAGAAUUCUACAACAUGAAUACAAUCCAGGUGACCAUACCUGUGUAGAAUGGACAUUAAUGAGAGUUUUCUGCUAA